CGUCCAAUGGCCUCGAGCCCUGCUAGUAGCGAGGUUACGAAUGAAGACCCGACAGGGCCACUUUCGCCAGCCUCUCAUGCCACGAUAACAAUCACACCUCACAAUGCCGAGGCCAGACUUGCUUUCUCAGAGGUUGUGGACUGGCUCGUUGAAAAGUCUCAGGAGGGCCAAGAUGAUAACGAUGCAAGCUCUGAGAGCAACGCAAGAAAUCACGCGAUGGGCUACAUAUGGUCACCACUCAGGCAUGUUCGAGAUCCAGGAGUUGGGAAGCUCAUAGAACAGAUGAAUACUGGCCAGCUCUCAUCGUCAUCCCCAAGCUCGUCUUUCAGCCAUCAUUCGCCGACCCAAAAUUCCGGUGCCGCCGUUGCCGUAGAGGAGGACCAUCCUGACACAUACAUCCGGGCUGGCUGUUACUACAUUGAUCUCAGACGUCUACCAGGGAGCCCUUUUCGUGGGUGGUCAGCUGGAAGACGAGGAGCACGCAAGGGGCACAAUGAGUUUGUAUUAUGCUUGCAGAACUCAGCCCUGCAGGGCAUCCGACAGCAUCACGCCCUCUUCCAAAUCCAUGAGACUGGCAGAAUUCUUUUAAGGAAGUUGUCAGAUCAGGGCUUUGUAGAAGUUGACGGUGACACUUUGCAACCGAGAGAAUUUCGCGUCUUAAACAAGCACUCUUCCUUUAUCCGACUAGGUCAACUGAAGUAUGAGGUUGCAUACACACGCUUCAGCACCACAAAAGAGUACACCGAAAGGCUCACCCAGUACAUACUGCAGUCUAUCGAUAGCCAUUCUAUCACCCUUGACCUAAGUCUAACUCCUACUCCAGCAGCCGGAAACAGCAUUCAGGUUGGCCAGUGGACUCUCACCAAUGCAGGAACCGUCGGCUUAGGGGGCGAGGGGCGUGUGAGCGUGGCGAUCAACAAGACUGGAGAGGUCGUCGCCUUGAAGAGAAUGUCUGUGUCAAAAAUCAGAAACACUCUAGAGAGGCGCCAGAACACACUUGAGGUCCUCACACGAAUCGCAAACACGGCAAAGAACAAUAGCAUUGUGCGACUUCGGGAAGUCAUUACGGAUGACCCCAGAGCAAACAAUGACACAGCAGACGUGUGGUUUGCGUUGACGCCUUUUGCACGCGGAAUAUUAUCUCAGUGGAGAGCACCUGUGCAACGAGACAUGGCUCAGACAAUGAUUGUGUCCUUGCUGGAGGCAGCCGACUUUCUUCACGCCAACAAAUGGAUCCACGGGGACAUUAAGCCCCCAAACAUUGGGCUUCAUCACUGGAACUCGGAAAAUGCGUCCAUUGUGCUUCUUGACACAGAAGACGCUAUCUAUGCGCCCCAAGAUUAUGCACUUUCAACACCAGGGUGCUCCGGGACAGUGGGGUGGUUGUCACCAGAGCGGGAGAUGGGGCAAUUCGAUUACUCAACGGAUGUCUGGGUCAUAGGUGUCGUAGCUUUACGGAUGCUCCUCGGGAAGCAUCCAUGGCAGUUCAGCAUCAAUCCUUGGCGUCAAGGACAAGAGUUUGAGAGCUAUCGUGAGCGUUUUCAUACUGAGUACGAUCGGGUGACAGAAGUGAUCACCUCAAACUAUCCUGGUAAGUUGUAUGCUCUAGCUUACGAAGCGAUGUGA